CUGGCUUCUCUCUGUCAGACACGACCGGCGUGUUAAAGCCACCGAGCCGGGCCGAGCUGUGCCGGGACCCGGGACCCGGUGGCUGGAAGGCCGCAGGACAGAGGCAGCUUUGUUGUUGGGCUCCCGGCAACCGGGCGGAGGGAGGAGGGAUUGUUUUGAAACCAUGGCAGAGCAAACAGAGGGAUUUCCCUCCUCCACCCAGCUGCAGACGCCGUCUUUUCAAGAAUACCAGAGGACCGGUUCCCCCUCUCUGAGCUAUGCAAAACAGACAAACCCUGGCUGCCUCACAUGUGCCUCACUAGAACAACACCCCGCCCCGUUGGCUGGCCGGCCGGCGUCGGAGAGAGGAAGACGAGGCAGCCGGCAGCCAUGCAGCGGCAGCUGGAGCUCGCCGCCCUGGCCCUGGCCACCACGGGCUGGAUGUGCUCGGUGCUGACGCGCUGCCUGGCCCUGUGGACGGUGAGCGGCACGCUGGACAACGCCACGGCCACGCUGCCGGCCUACUGGGACGGGGUGUGGCUGGAGUGGGACCACUGGGACCUGGCCCACGACGGCAGCCUGCACUGCUCCUUCUACCAGGCUCUGCUGUCGCUGUCCGGCAGCUUCCGGACGUGGCGGGCCCUGAUCAUGGCGGCGGUGGCGGUGGGGACGGUGGCCGCGGCCCUGGGGCUGGCGGGGGCCGUGUGGUUCCCCCAGCGCGGCCAGGUCAAGGUCUGCUCCGGCAGCCUGUUCGUGGUGGCGGGCGUCCUGCUGCUGGUGCCCACGGCCUGGACCUGCCACAGCACGGGCCAGCCGCUGGGGGCCGGGGGGGCCGCGGGGGCCGCCCUGCUGCUGCGGAGGGACUGGGGGCCCGCGCUGUACCUGGGCUGGGUGGCCUUCGCCCUGAUGCUGGCCGGGGGGGCGUUCCUCACCACCCGCUGCCCCGUGGCGGCCGCGGCCAGGCGGACGGAGCCGCCCGGCCGGGAGGAGGUGGAUGGGGGGGCCGAGGCGGAGGCCAGUCACCCCCUGAGCAGGAUCAACAGGACUACCUUCACGCAGAGCCAGUUCCAGCGCCGAGCAGAGCCCGUCUGAGAGGGGGGGGGGCGUUACAUUACAGGACUGUCUCAGAAAAUUAGAAUAUUGUGAUAAAGUUCUUUAUUUUCUACGGAGCCCAUCUGGCAUUUGAAAAAAAUAAAAUAAUGCGUGGCCACGCAUUAUGUAUCUCGUGCCCACACAUUAUUUUACUCGUGGAUGGCAUUAUAACCUACAUUAUAACAAAUGGAUGCAACUUCCUUGGUGGGAUGGUUAUUCAUCAUUAAUAACGGUAAUUAUAGUCUAUUUAUAUUAAAGAGCAAGAGUAUUGUCAUGGCGAGUGUAGUAAUAACAUUUGACAUUUGAAAAAAAUAAAAUAAUGCAUGGCCACGCAUUAAUAACUCGUGGCCAUGAGUUAUUAAUGCGUGCCCACGCAUUAUUUUAUUUUUUUCAAAUGUCACCAAAGGGGCUCCGUAAUUUUCUGUAAUGCAAAUAAAAAAACUAAAAUGUCAUACAUUCUGGAUUCAUUACAAAUCAACUAAAAUAUU